UACACAUGACCUUUACAGAUAGACCACGAUCGUCUGUCCGUUCGGCUGGCUAGGCGUGAACUCGCGCGCGGUUAAGCAAAAGCGGAGAGAAGUGAAAGACAGAGAGAGAGAGAGAGAGACAGUGUGAGAAAAGUGUCGCCGAAGCUGCGUGCACAUUAUCGGCGAGGGAUCGUCGCUCCUUUAUUUUUUUCUCUUUCCUCUCCUCCGAAGUACGCUCUCUCUGUAUAACUCGCUGCUCCGCCACGUUCUUCGUGGUUUCGCGAGAUAUAUUUGCGUUUACGACGGAGAGAGAGAGAACGAGACGAUGACGGUGACGAUGUUGACGACGACGACGACGACGUCGACGGCAACGACGACGCGGUCGCUCGUCGCUCCGGAAGGGAAAACGUAGUGCGUUUAUAAUACGCGCAUACAUACAUACAUAUAUAUAUACCUGAACGUGGCGAGGAGGUGGACGUCCGCCGAAGGGAAGAGAGAGAGGAAGAGGAGGACGCCCUCGGCGAGGAGGAGUGCGCGAAAGUGCACAUGCACCGGUGCGGUGGUGCAGCUACGCUGGGUGCUUGUGCGCGUUUACCUUAUUUACGUCUCCUCGAAACGUGGCUCCCUUCGUCGUCGGCUUCGUCCGAAGUCUCCUGAUGCGACGAGAAGAAGAGGAGCAGCCUGCGUCCUAGAAAACGCCCCCUUUCCAGAUUCUGGUGUUUGACAGGUCGCUGACAGGUCGUUGUUGUUGUCGUCGUGGAAAGUGUCAUCGAUACGGUGACGCGUCGUCGACCUGAGAAGACAGUCGGUGAACUUUUUGGCGCGAAUUUCCGCAUCUCUUGUAAGAAUGAAUUUUCGCGAGAUCCUACUCUGACAUCUCUCGCGUGUUUUUCCCUCUCUCUCUCUCGUUCUCGAGGCUCGCUCCUGGAGGAAGUUGAAGGGAGCCGAUUACACUCUCGCAGUCGCAUGCACGAGGGAGAGAGAGUGGGGAGCGAUGCCGUGUGAAUGAUACGGAUACGAAGGGCCCGCUUCGUCCUCGAGAGAGAUCCCUUCGUGACCGACGUCGUCGGCGUCCUGCCGUCGUCGACCAUGUCGUCGGGGGCCAGGGGGGGCCCGGCGUCGCCCCCGGGGUCCGGGGGCCCCGUCGUCCGCUGCGGCCACCUGAAGAAGCUGAAGACGAUGAAGAAGAAGUACUUCGUUCUGAGGGGCGAGGCCCCCGGCUGCCUCGCCUGCCUCGAGUACUACGACAGCAAGAAGAAGUUCGACAACAGGCAGCCCCCGAAGCGCAGUAUAUUGCUGCACAGCUGCUUCAACAUCAACAAGCGCGGCGACACCAAGCACAAGCACGUGAUCGCUCUGUAUACCAAGGACGAGUGCUUCUGUUUGAUCCUCGACAACGAGAAGGAGCUGGACGAGUGGCUCAAGGCGAUGCUCAGGCUGCAGAGCGGAGACGUGCCCGAUGGGGAACAGCCGCGGCCUACAUUCGAACACGUAUGGCAAGUUACGAUGCAGAGGAAAGGUCUAGGGGCAAGGAAGAACAUUCAUGGACCCUACAGAUUAUGCCUCACCGAUCAAACUUUAAGUUUAGUGAAGAUUGGGGCACAGGACAACUCUGACUCUAUUGAGAUUUCUCUAAAUUAUAUAAGACGAUGUGGAUUCGCGGAUGAUAUAUUCUACAUAGAGGUCGGCCGAUUUGCUGUAACUGGGGACGGUGAAUUCUGGAUGGCAGUCGAGGAUAACAAUAUAGCGUUGAACAUGUACGACGUGAUAACGAGCGCGAUGAAGAAUUCCAAGAGUAACAAGGACGAGGGAUCUCAGAGGAGACGUAGUUCCUCCGCCAAUGAGGCUAGCAAACCUAUAUCCGUUGUUCUCCAAAGACGGCAUACGGGUCAGAAAAUCGUUCAUAGCUUUUCGCCUCUAGAGGAACAGAAGACACACAAGGAGCAAGUGGAACCGUUGCAAGAGCAGACCAUCACUUCCUAUGCUCCCACACUGUGUAGUCAAUCUCGGAAUAUCUCCUCCACCAAUACAGUCAUGGCCGUUGCCGGUACCGGGGCUUGGACUACUGGGAACGCGACGACGACUAAUGCCAACAGUGGUACCGCUAGACGUCGUCAUUCGGUAGCGAGUCAUCCUCAUUCCGUCAAUAAUUCCCAAUCCGCUCAUGUCACAACAACAACUGCAGCAACGACAAACGCGCCCACUGUCACUACCACCGCCAUCACCACCGCGACCACCACCACUAUCACCACCAUCACCACCACCACCAUCACCACCACCACCACCACCACCACCACCACCAUCACCACCGCGACGAUCACCACGACCGCGACAAUAUCCCAUCAGAGAACCCUGUCGCUGCCCCUAGCCGCAGUUAUUAUCGGUCAAACGCAACCGUCUAAAAGAUCCGUUUUACGGUGUGCUACCGUGCGAGAUCGAUGCGACAGUCUGCCGUCGAGGGCCCACACCAUCAGCGAGGGACAGCCCGCGACUACGACGGUGACGGUGGUAAACCCCUAUCCCAGGAGCGGCGGGACUCAUAUCAUUUCUCACGUGCCGCGACCGCAUUCCAUGUGCGGGCGGAACCUCUCGUACUCUCCACCGGUCACCUCGAUGCCCAUCAGCCCGGCCUCCGACGUCUGCUCGUCGGACUCGGCCGGAUCGUCGCCCUCGAUGGACGACUGCGGCGAGAGCAUCAUGGAGGAGAGCACCGGGGUCUCGCGGUAUGGCCACUCGUUAACCCCGGACGAGCCCGUGAUCCUGGACAAGAAGGGCGACGAAUAUGCCCUCUGGUCGACCUCGCAUCCGCAUGUGAAAUACUCGCCAAACUUUAAGUCCCAUUCACCCUCUCAGAGUUCCUACCAGAGUGAAAUGUACAGUCCCUGCGGUUCGAGUCCUGGCCGCGGCGGUGCUUACAUGCCGAUGAGUCCGGCAACGACGGCCCACUCUCAUUCCCGCGGAUCAUCCCUCGUGGAGGAGAGCAACGUGGACGGUUACGUGCCGAUGGCGCCGGUCGGCGACGACGGUUACGUCGACAUGGAUCCUGUAAAUAGUCACAACGGUCACUUUCCGGACGACAUGUCGCAAAACGAUGGUAGCAGCUGUUCCGUCACGUCCGGCACGCCUAGCACCGACUUGCGCUUUUCCGAAUAUCAUCUGGACAAAGUGACCAGCUUCCUCACACCUGGGGAAGAUCUGCAAGCCAGACCGACCAGAGCUUAUUCCGUCGGAUCCAGACCGGAACAAGCAAAUAGGCAUCGGAAAAACAGGUUGGACAUCACUCCUCAAGACUCCAAUAGAGUGCGAGCGUUUUCUGUGGGCAGUCGUUCGAAGAGGCCCGAGAUUGGGAGACUGGCGAAUAUAAUCACCGCGCCAUUACCAGCCGGUUCGGACAGCUCGAACUCGAAAUCGAGCUCCGCGCCGUUGUUGUCGAGUUCCUGGGGCCACAAUUCGGGCUGCUCCGGCGCGUCCGACCGAAUGGAGGAUCUCAUGGAAUUGGAUUUUACGAGACCCAGUAUUCCGACCGCUCUCUCCUCGCCGCCGUCGUCUCAGCCUCAGUCGCAAUCGUACUCUACUGCCACUGACACUAGUUCCUACGUCGACAUGUCACCCGGACAAGCUCCUGUAUCGACCACUGCCCCAUAUGUUGAUAUGAGUGGCAUAAAUAAGAUCAAUCGAAAUAACAAUAAUAAUACAAUCACUGCCAACCACAAUCAUAGCCACAUGCAUAUAUCAUCGUUAGCUUUUGCCCAUAAACCUGUAAUUACGACUCUGAAGCCGGUUGAGGAAGCGGAGGGACCUUAUAUGAAGAUGGACGGUACGACGGAGGAUUGGACGCAUUCGGACGCCAGCCCCAAACAAGUGUCAUCACCUAUGCAAGAGGAUAAUUAUCAGACAAAUGGACCACCAGGCAGUACGAGAACGGCGCCGGUAGAUCUUCCGCAGCCGAGGCGUCCUCCGGAGGGCUACGUCGAGAUGUCCUUCAAGGCGCGACCCACCCUGGAGCAAGACUACAUCAAUAUGAGCAUGGGCGUGAACAAUCGGAACAACCGGAAGACACGGACGGGCAAUCGCAAGGAGAAAUCGCGAUCGCAACCAAUCGCCAUUCAGGCGGGUAGCAAGCCAUUGAAAACCCCGAGUUUUUUACCCUUGAACGGAAGUCCGAUGUCCGAGAGUCUGGCGAGCACACCGGCCUCACCGCCUCGCGCGACCCCCACGGGUUCGUCGACCACGAUCUUCCCGUUCUCCCUGAACAGUCCGCAGUCGCCCGUGAAACCCUUCAAGAAGAGCGACAACUUCUCCACGUCGGACGUUUUGACGAAACAAAACAAGACCGACGACGAAUACGCGUUGAUAGAACCCGUCAAGACGAGUAUAAAUUCUACGAUGGGGUCGCGCUCCGCCGCUUCGUCGUUAUCAACGGAGACAUUGUCGUCGUCGCCAUCGAAGACGAAUAACUCCGAUCAGCCGUCUAGUCCUGCGGGAAAGAACAACGGUAUGCUCGGCAGCAUCAUCACGAAGAAGCUCUCGGAUCUGACGGUGUCGAAGCCCCGUCUCGUCACGGCCUCGCCGAACACCAGCCCCACCCUGACGGGUUUCAAGCCGUCGAGCGGCGCUGUGCAGCAGUCGAGACCCUCGUCGUCGCCCAAGUUCAUCGACGAGACUCCUACGCCUACACCGACGUCUACGCCGACGCCUACGCCGAGUCCGUUGGACAGCGAGACGGGCUACGAGAAGCUCCAGCCGGGCGCGACGAUUCUGCACUACGCUAGUCUCGACCUACCGGAGAUUGGGAAUCCGCCGCCCGUGUCGCCGGCAUCCACCCAGGAGAACUUCACCUACGCCGAGAUCGACUUCGCGAAGUUGAGACAGAGCUAGAUAUACGGCUCUGUCUCCUUUUUAUCGUAUUUUCGCGUACAGACGUGUGCAGAUUCUUAGACUCAAACAUUUUUAUGUUCAGAUUAUUUCAUAGUAAUAUUUUCUUUGCGUUUUUUAAUAGACACGUUCAUUUAAGGCCCCGUCUAUGUUAGAUUGUGACGUCGUAGAAGCGAGGAACUGCGCGUUGAGAAUUUUUGCGUGUCAUUUUUAGAUAGAAAACUCUUUUUUGUCUUUAGUCGAUUAAUCAACAAAAAUAAUCGUGACGUCAGAUUGUCAUGCGAACUGACUGCGCAAUAAUCAGACGAACUUAUUUUACAACUGUUGAUUUAUUAUAAAGGGAAAAGAAUAGUUUUUGAAAUAUUUUAAAAGUGUACUAAAGCUAACUAAAGUACUGUUUCAUCGAAAUAUCUUUUUAUGACAAAAUGGUAUCUAAGAAUUUUUAGUGUGUGUUUUCUCUGACGUCACAACAUGAUCGGCGAAGAGCCAGGAGCCUUAAUAUUAAUGGAAUUUUAAUCGUAAAAAUUUUGGAUGUUUGAAGAAGAAAAAUGAUUUAUUUAUAUACUGACGUCUAUUCAGAUUAUUAAACUCAAACAUUUUUACUGUUUUAAUAAUUUAUUUGAGAAAAUAGCCUUAAUUGUAACAUACAGAAUACUCAAAAUUAUAUUUUAAUAUAUAAUAAAUAGAUCAUUUUUCUUCUCCAAAUCUUAACAUUUUGACGAUUGUUUAAAACAUUCUGUUGUCAAACAACUGCAAUUAAAUUAAAUUAAAUCAAACUAUAACUCAACUAAAAUUAA